UCCUGCUCACUCUGGUGUAGGUGUCUCCGCGGCUGCGGUGUUGAAUUGACCACUUUCUGUCGCGGUCCAGGGGAUCUUUAACCAUGCAUUUCGGUCUUGUGGAUUGGUGCAAAAUGAUUUCGUCGAAUGUCAUCCGUAAAUAACUGGAUCCUGGGUGUGAGGAGGAGUGUGUGGCCCAUGUUGCUCUAGGAGUGAGUGUGUGUGUGUGGGUGUGGGUGUGGGUGUGAGUGUGUGUGUGUGAGUGAGUGUGUGUGUAUGAGAUGCUGGCCUGUCUGCCAGGGCCAGGUGAUCUCUCCCUUCAGCUCCACCCCCACUUGCAGAUGAACACUGGAUUUCAGAAAUGGGACAUUCCACAAAGGAUGAGAUCUGCUCAGUAUCCAACCCCUGCAGAAUUGGAUGCUUAUGCUAAAAAGGUUGCCAACAAUCCACUCACCAUCAAGAUCUUCCCCAACAGCGUCAAAGUCCCUCAGUGGAACCACGUUCGCCGCACAGUCAACGGACUUGACACCGCUGGCCCCCGAUAUAGUCCCUACCCCUCCUCUCAGGCCACUGCCAAAACCGGUCUCCUUGCCAUCGUUAAAGUGCCCCUAGUCAAGGGUGUCAUCAAGGACUUCAACGGCACACGGGCACGUCUGCACCCGGAGGUGAUUAUGAAUGCUGCCGGCACCCCUUAUGCAGCCACCUCGGCCAGCACUUUAAACCUGCACCACCCAUCACAGGGACCUCCGAGAGUGUCCCAGAAUCUGCAGGGGCUUCCUCCACACCCUCAGAAUCUCCAAACUUUGCAACAGCCUGGGCCUCCACACCAAGGACUCGGACACCGACCUUCCUCCUCCAUGCCACAGCAGCCCCAGGGCCUUCCGAGGCCCCAGACUCUGUCCCACACGCCUUCUUUAGGCCACCCUGGUGCCCACCAACCUUCAGCAAUCCUGCUUCCUCAGCAGCAACUACAGAACCCCCCUGCAAGCCUGCAGGUGGGUCCUCGGAAGUUACCGGUUGCAGAUGCCCCUCCUAACGUGACUGUUUCUACCUCAACCAUUCCAUUGUCCAUGGCCGGAGGGCUCCACCAGGGACGUCAGGCAGACUUAAACAGCAUAGUGCACCAGAUAAGCCAGUUCUGCCAGGCUAGGGCUCAGGGAGCCAGUGCCACGUCAAUGUGUGAAGGGCAGAUCGCCAACCCCAGUCCCAUUAGCCGAAAUCUACUCAUCAACGCCAGUUCUCGAGUCUCGGUGCAUGCGGGAAACCCUAAUGCACUUGCUCCUGGCCUCAUGCAUCCAUCGUGUGCUAUUGGACCUCCUGAUAAAGUGACUGCUUCUGCGCCAGUGAGUGCGAUGCCUCCACAUAACAUGGCCACAAUGAACCAUGUGUAUCACAGCGAUAUAAAACAACAGCACCUACAGCAUCAAAGCCAUCAACCACAGCGUAAUCCCCAACAGCCGCAGAUGAGGUCCUGGACUCAGCAUCAGCUUGCUCACCUGCAACACAUCUCGGAAGGGGGCAGACACCCCUGCCAACCCCCGAAUCUUGACCCUGGCCUCCCUUGCAAGGGCAUUACCUAUCCCCCAGAAAUGGGCAUGGGGCAGCCUUAUGCCAUGAAACCCUCCAGCCCCUCGCCGCCACUUGCUAACAACAGCAUCAAUGCAAUGCCCCCAGGUGCGGUGACACACUACACCAACGGGCAGUACUACCACCAGCCGCCGGUGUGGGGUAGUUUUCUUCCCACGCCGAACAGCGACAGUUCCGGCUCACAGGACCUCCCGGUGCCCUUCCAUGGCACUGGCACAGGCAAUACCAACCCCACCCCAGCGAUGGACUGUGCCCCCAUGGGAGGAGCGGCCCAUUACCGAUUAGUAGGAGGUGCCUUAAUAGGGCAGCCUAAUCUGAUGCAAACAGCAGAUUGCAUGGGAGGGGACUUCCAGACGCCCUGCUUCCGAGAUCAGAAUCUCAUCCUGAUGGGGAAAAUGCACAGGCCACCCCCUAUGGGCCGGGUAGUGGUCCCCCCCUCUGAGACGCAAGGCCAGCACCCAGGGUACAGAUAAGCUUCAGCCCACAAGCCUCAGACACAGUCUCUCCUCAGUGAAGUCAGCCACACACGCGUGUCCUCGACACCUCCUGUUAGUCUUAAUGAAAUUACAUUACGAGAGGAACUAAAUGAGCUCAAAACCUCAUGAAUGAUUGUUGAUGAAAACAAAGAAAAAACAACAAUACAAAUAUGUCUAAGGAAGAGCAGAGUUUUGUGUUAUUAAUCUUGCAAGUGAUCAAUUUUUUUUUCUUUUAACAAGUGCUUUUUUAAGGCACUAAAGGGAAUUUAGUUUUGUUUUGUUUUUUCUUCCAAUUCUGUCAUGUCUCAUCUCUAGGUGCCCAGAUCUCAAGUGCUCCUGGGUUAUUUAUGAACGUCUUUCUUGUGUUAGUGCUUACUUUAUUAAAGGUGUCUUGUGAAAUAGAUCACUUCUAAACUGAGGGCACCAGGCCUUCUGUUCAUUGGACAACCGACAUGCUUUCAUUUGAGAGAUCUUUGUUUUGAGCCCGUCUUAUAACAUCAAAAUGGCUGACAGACUCAGAGCACUUCCCUCUUCAGCAUGACACAUUCUUCGUCCGUUCUUUCUUUCUUCAGUGUCUGAGCUAUGCGGGAAUAUGCCAGUCACUGGUCCCUUCAGACUGUUCCUAGGUGAAAGCUCUUGUCAUGUGUUCCUGUAACACAGGGCACCUGUUUUUCUAAAUGUUUAGAAAUCAGAUGGAUUUGUUAUGGGCUUUAUGGAUUUGUGUGUGAAAUUUGAACUGCUUUAGGCUUGUGAAAGGUUGAAACAUCAACUCGUUUUGCUAGAUGCUUUGUGAGCAGCAGGAAACUUAAAUGACAGGAACCGCAUACAUAUAUAAAACCUCUUUUACAGUCUUUCAGUGAUGCAACAAAUCAGGUGUCAUUUUGCAUUCUGAGUCACUAAUGUGAGUGAAGUUUUGUAUAAUGAUUGCGAAAGAUUCUGUCUUUUCUCUUUAACGCUGGUAAGGCCAAAGGAGAAAAGCUACAGAUGUUUUAAUGUUAAAGCUGUGCCAUUUUUGUUUUACCUGAUCAUUAUGCUCCCUUUAUUUCUUAACAUAUGAGAAACUACUACUUGAAUUGUAUAGAUGAGUUGUGCAGUUUCAGGUGGGUCAUAUGUGGUAUAGCUGUAAGUGGGUUUGCGGGACUAAACAUACUACUGAAGGUGGUGUCUGUAGGCUUGUUGCUAAUAUUAUGAUGUAGAAGCUAACUAUGUACCAAAUCAAGGGUUUAUGAUCCUGCGUUUUCUAGUUCAUCCUUUAUAAUAAUGUACAGUAGUUGCUACUGAUUCUUUUGUGACGUGUGCUUGAAUUGACCAAAUUGAUCACUUGCAAGAUCAUUUGUGGUUAAAUUGAAGGCUUUUUAAAAGGAAAAAAGUCAAAAAGGUGAAACAGCAGGUGAAUUGCUUAUUUUAUUGUACACUGGCUUAUCUACUGUACUGAUGUAACUUUAAAGAAGUGUAAUAACUCUGUAUGAAUGUAGCUGCAUAUGGAUAUGGGUUCACAGAUUUAUUUGGUGUGCAUGUGAUGAGCGCAGGUGUGUAUGGACAUGUGUGUGAUGGUGGAUGGGGGGUGGGUGUGUGUGUGUGUGUGUGUGUGUGUGUAUGUGUAUGUGAGUGUGUCUUGAUUCACGGUUGGUUUGCCUCCCCUCAACAGCCCUCAUGAAGCCUUAAGUAUUUGGUCCUUGGACUUUCCUUUGACAAACAAGCAUGAUUAUAAUAAAGGUAUAAUGAAUACUGAUUUUGAAAAAAAAAUAAGACUAUAAAGGAACAGCAUUUUUCCUUGUUUAUUUUUAUUAUCUUGAGCUUUUGUUGAAUAGAAAAGCAGUUCUUUAGAAUUACUUUAUAAUGUAAAUGAAGAAAUAAAGAAUAUUGUAUCGUCAUUGUUUUAUAGCUGUGUGUAGUUCUGGGCUGUAACAAAAUCUUUUUAUUCCAUGUUUCAAAGCUUCAGUUUUGCAAUUUGUGCUAUUUAUAAUUCUGAACUAGAUUUUUUUUCCUCAUUAUUUAAAUCUUUUUUUUUUUUUCAUUUUGCAAUUGCUGUAAAAUGGAGGAAGCUUCUAGAAACCUUUCUGGUAUCUGUCACUCUGUGGCUGUCAGUUGAAUGCGUGGGAAGAGUCUGAAGAGCGUGAAAGUUGUGCUACUCUUUUUUUUUU